AUGGUUGUGAUUGCCCCGGGCUACACUUCGGUGCCUUACUAUCCGGCACAUGACACAUGGGCCGCUAAGUAUCACCGUAAGAAGGAUGAUAAUGCAGCGCUCCCUCAUGGAUUUCCUCGCCAGUUGAGCGGAAAGCUGGUCUGGGAUGGGGAGGACCUCUCACUUGCGGAGCAUACGAGUGAUGAUGGCACCGAGUGUGUGUUAAAGCUCAACGAUUCGCAGCUAGCAGAGAUUGAUGCUGCCCUGAGACAUUUCCAAGGACUGGGAAAGCCUAUGGAUCAGCUUAAUCCAGAAACAUUUCCUCUCCCAUCCGUACAUCACGUUCUUCGUGCUGUUUCAGACAAUCUUCACAAAGGCUAUGGCUUUACAAUGAUUCGCGGCAUACCAGUCGACAACUACAACGCCGAGGAAAAUAUGAUUAUCUACGUUGGGGUAUCCUCUCAUAUUGCUCCUGUGCGCGGAAGACAGAAUUCCUAUUUUAACCAGACCUCAGAAGAUGUGAUGGUCACCCACAUAACAAAUUAUCUCCAGUCUAAGGACGAUGACAGAAUUCUGCCAGCUGGGCAUACAGACAGGGAGAUAACCUUCCACAGUGACAUUGGUGAUAUCGUCUCCCUGUAUGCUCUGGACGAGCCAGUCACUGGAGGCGAGAGUCUCCUGGCUAGCACCUGGAGAUUGUACAACGAAAUAGCCAAAACUCGGCCAGACUUGGUCCGGGUACUGGCGGACAACUGGCCUAUGCCAAUGUAUGUUUACGUGCCUGCCGGAACCCUGGAAGAGACUUACUUACUCCUUUUCAGUGGAACGGACUACUCGGUUCAGCGGCCCUUGCUGUACUAUCUGCCGCCCAAUGGUCAUGACCAGGAGAGGAUUACCGUUCAGUACUCGCGACGACCAUUUUCCGAGAUCAGACCGAAAUCGUGGCCAAUCACUCUCACUGAGGAGCAGGUCGAGGCGCUAGAUACGAUUCAAUUCCUUUGCGAGAAACUAGCGGUCUCUAUACAUAUCAGGAAAGGGGACAUACAGUUCAUUAAUAACAUGAGCGUUCUCCAUGGUCGAAUGGGUUAUGAAGAUGGCCCAAAGCAGCGGUGA